AUGAAUGCGGCGCUGGAGAGAGCGCAACUGGAGAUCCGGCUCGAGUCGCUGCGGAACGUCACGCCGUAUGUGUUACACAUGGUACUCUCGCUACUGGAGCUUGAGCUGGCGGCUGUGGCAGUCUCGGAGAUCCGCGCAGGCAAUGUGGCUGUGAAUGGCAAACGCCUGUCGCGUCCGUUGUCACGUGUCCAGUCUGAAACAUCCCCGUUGACAUUCUCCGAGUCGUUUGUACCGACGCCUGGGCCGCUGAUCUCGUUUCUGGACGCGAGACACGAAGGCAGCAUCGAGAGACCGGCUGGACCAGCGGCGGCGACGUCGCCGCCGCCGCUUGCUUCAGGCGCCCGGGACAGCACCCGCAACUUGUGGGCGACCUCCCCGAAGGCUCCUGUUGAGUCGCCGGACUCUACAUCAGGCGUCACGUCCGAAGCAGAUCUUGUCCCGCCGCUGACGGGCACGCAUCCGCUGCUGGUCUCGGUGCUCACUGCUGAACGCUACCCAGCGCUGGCUCCGCUACUGUGCGACGAGAAAGGGAGCGCAAGCGAGCCGUCGUCGGCGCGUGGGACGCGCAAGAUCGAAUAUGCGCCGCAGACCUCUGCUCGGUCAGCUGCCUCGGAGAUCUUUUCCUUCAACGCCAGCCAAGGCAGCAUCGCGUUGCAGUGCUCGGGCAGCACCGGGCUUUUGGGCUCGAUGGCGGAGCACUCGAGCAACCUGGACAACACAAUGGGACUUGUGGUCAACGUCGACGACGUCCAUUGCGCACCGCCCCACACCAUGUUUUCGGCAACAACGCCCGAGCUGUCUGCCUCGCAGCGCGAGAAAGCGCAUCGCACGGUCGAAACGCCGCCGCCGCCGGCCGGGCAUUUGCGGCAUAUAUGGCAGCUAGGCUCGGCUAUGUCGCUGGUGGCGUACCGCUACAUCCUGGCGACAGGCAUGCCGACCGAGGAGCGCUCAACGUAUAUUUGGUCGCUGGAGGAGUUUGACCUUGCCGAGAACCAGCUCUUCCACUUUCUUCUCACGGUCCAGGCCCACUACGAGGGCUACAUGGGCCAGUUUUUGGUCUCGCACACAUCGCCGCUCUUCGCGGAGCUGCUGGCGCCUGCACUUGUUUCGCAGUCGCAGGCAGGUGCGCGGCCGAGCGGAUCAGACACGGCAGACGGGCUGUCGAGCUCGGAGCCACAGAAGCCCGGCAGCACCCUUACUCCGGGCAAUGCCUGCACAUCGGGCGAGACGAGCAGUGACUCGGACGAGACCCGUCUAGUGGCCUCGGAGACCGACGAGGGUAGCGCGACUGACACGAUUGGCGAGCCGGGCUCGCGUACGAGAGGAAAGAGUCCCUUGAAGCGGGUUCGGCGAAACACCGUCUCGACUAUCCCGCGGGCAACGCCGCCGCAACGCCUGUCCGGGCGCCACGCGUGGAUGGCCAGCUCGUCAAGCUCGAGCUCGUCGCCGACGCGUGGGCCAAGAGAUUCGGACGAGUCCCACUCGGCGUCGUCGGUUCCUUCGCCUCGGUCAGCCACCUUUUCGGCUUCGGUCGAGCGGUCAUCAACCGAGUCACGAACUGACUCGGCAUCGUCGAGCGACACGUGUGUCGUCGACUCAUCGGCCUCGACCGACUCGAGCUGGUCGUCGAUGACAACGGUGACGGACCGGCCACUUGAGAACGAUGUUAUUCGGGCGAGUGAGUACUACACGCUCUCGUUCAUGACGUUCAAGGUGACGAUGGCAUCGUGGGUGGUCUCGACGCUCGACACCGCCGGUGUCACGCUCCCGUUUCCCGGAGUGGUCAACUACUUGCUGGAUGCGCCGGUCGACCCGCUGCGCAACGCGUGGAUUGUGCGGCUUAUGGCGGAGGCGAAGCUCAGCGAGGCGCUUGCGGCCAAGUCGGACGCCCUUCCUGAGCUUGCCCGGCCGGAGCCAGUGUCUGUUCUGGCAGCGUCUCAUGUGGCCCAAGAUGAGGAGGCCAUGGCUGUGGUGGCGCGCCGGGCGCGAGCCGAAGUCCGGGCGAUGUGUACCACGCUCUGUGGCCUCUUUGAGCUUGGCGUUGAGCCCAUCGAUGGCAGCGUACGGCGUGAGUGGCGGUUCGACGAGUCGUGGAUGCGGUAUGACCCGCGGCUGCGGGCAUUCAAGCCCGAAGCCGAUCCUGCGAUGCCGGUGUGGAGUGCAACAGGUGACGACUCCAAGUUUAUCUCGCCGCGGCUCACGUCGCGGCUCCCACUGUUUCUCUUCCAGGCGCUAGCGUGUGUGGCCCGGGCAGCAGACGAGGGCUACUGGCUCCCGCCGCGGGUGUACUGCUUUGUGGGCUCGGACGGUGGGGACACGGCGUUGGUGACAAGCGAGCGCGGGCGCGAGAACCGGCUUCCGCUUAUGGUUACGCUCACCGACGAAGAGACGGGCCUCUCGUUUGACAUCCGCACCAAGCGGGCGGUGCUCUCGCGCGAGGUGCGGUCGUCCGCUGAUCGGGCGCGCGCCAAGCGGUCGAUGGCACAGCGCGGGAUCGACCUCUCGUCGUACGAGUGGAUCGAUGUCAAGCUCGGUCUACUCUCGGUCCCACACGUCGGCUUUGUGUACCAUCCGGUACGGCAGCGGUUCAUGAUCCGCAACGUCAACUCGUGGCACGCCAACGAUACCUUUUAUGGCGGGCUCAAGCUCGCCGACGCCGAGCGGUUGGUCAAAGACGCCGAUGACUUGCUCGCGCUCGAGCUGGUCUCGGGCAAGGCGCUGGUGGUCAAGGCUGGUGCCGACGACGCUCAGGGUGGCGUGGUGUCGUUCCGAGUUACGUUUGAGCAGGGCGUGCGAAGCCACCUCGACACGGCGGAACGGUUGGCAUCCAAGCCGGGCCAAGUGGCGCGGCUGCAGAUCGGGCCGGACCCGCCGUCGCGGCUGCUAGCCUGCGUCCUUGCGCUUGCGCAGAACGCGUUUAUCGAUGCGGUGUGGGCAGCCGAGUGGCAAAAGCUGCUGCCGCUGGUUGCCGACGUGGCGCCGUACGCUGAGCUUGUCCCGCGGCUGGCGCCCGAGCUCCGCAUGGCCGACCUCGUCCCGUCUGCCGAGCUGCGUGAGUCUCAAACCCUGUCUUGGGCCGUCUCGGGCUACUUGGACGACGGCGUAGCCGACGUACCGGAGCCGCUGCGCUCGCGGGCGCAGGCCGUUCUUGUCUUUCUGCACCUCCAGCGUGUCGGUCUCCAGGCCGCGCACGACGGUCGGGAGCAAGGCUCGAUGGUCAGAUCGAGCGGGGUGGGCGCGCUCUCGGUGUCGAUGCCAACGUCGGUGGGGGAUCAGACGGCAUCGGACAUGAUGGUCAUGCAGCGGACCAAUGAUGGUGCGCCGCAGCGGCAGAGCCAGUGGCGUGGCAACUCGAUGAGCUCGUCGCUCGAGCUGCUCGAGGUGGAGAAAGAGAGCACUCGGCUCUUUGCGCUCUUUGCCUUUGCCACCAAGGUCCAGGCGCAGCACGUGGCGCUCGGGGUGUUGUGGCGGCUGCUGCAGGUUGUCAACGUGGAGAACAACGGGCUGGCCGGCAAGAAGAAGACGCCCGGCGAGCUGCGGGUGAAGUUGUUUGGCAAGUCGCUAGUGAGCGGUGCGGCAUGUGGAGGUAGAGGCAAGGCGGGCGGGCGGGUGCCGAGCCCGAGCCAGGCUCCGGUUGUCACCCUUGACGCCAAGUCGGAUCGAAUGGCCAAGCUCAAGGCGCGGCGUGCGGCGCGGGCCAAGGAGCGCAAGGAGUCCGAGCGGGCGUCGCGCGGGCACGACGGGGUGCAGCUGAGUGCGGCGCUGGCUGCGUCGAACGGGGUCUCUCCCUCGGGGCCGGCGCCUGUGGCGGGUGCGGUUGGGCCGGUUGUCCUCGGCUCGUCGCUCCUCGACUCGGCCAAGAUGGCGGCGAGUGUGCGGUUUUUCAGUGAGGGGCGGUUUGGCGGCGAGACAGUGCUCCAUCACGCUGUUCGCGGGCAGAUGAUUGACGUUGUGCACUACAUCCUCGCGUUAGGCAUUGUGUCUGUGAAGGAGCGGAACAACUCGGGCUUCACCGCGCUGUACACUGCCGCGAUGCUCGGCAACACACGCCUGAGCGCAAUGCUGCUGCUUGCCGGCUCGCGGGUGGACGAGGCGUGUGGUCUCAACCACGAGACGACCAUCUUGCACGAGGUGGCGCAGGCCAACUUGCUGGAGAUUAUGGCACUGAUUGUGGAGCUCACAGACGAUACCAAGUACGGAGUGCUCGAUGCGCACGGGCGGACGGCGCUGCAGCUCGCGGGCUCGGUGGAGAUGACCAACGUGCUCAAAGCCAUGACGCCACAGCUUCCGCCCAACUUUAACGUUAUUGACUUUUCCGAGGUCCUGAUCGGCCCGCGGCUCGGCGAGGGUGGGUUCUGCACCGUCUACGCCGGCAAGUACUCCGGGUGGGAGGUUGCGGUGAAGCAGAUGAAGGUGACUGUCGACGAGCAGCUGCGUGACCCGGAGAUGACAACGACGUUUAUCCGCGAAAUCGGGUUCCUCACCAAGCUUGUCCACCCCAACGUGGUGCGGCUCUACGGCGUGUCGCAGGGCGAGAAGCCUGCACGGUGGCACAUUGUCACCGAACUGUGCGAGAACGGGACUCUGGCGCGGUUGCUGGACCGUGCGGCGACGCUCGCGUGGUCGACGCUGCACAUGGUGGCCAUGGACGUGGUCCGGGCAAUGGCAUAUCUACACACACGCGCUCCGGUCGUCUUUCACUGCGACAUUAAGCCGUCGAACAUCCUGCUCGACCGCUCGCUGAGGGCGCGGCUCUCGGACUUUGGCCUCUCGCGAGAGGACGAGGCAGCCGACGACAAGGCUCAGCCGUCGCAGAGCCUGGUGGGCACGGUGCGAUACAUUGCGCCCGAAGUUAUGUCCAAUGGUGUCGGCUCGUACUCGCGCAAGGCAGACGUCUUUUCGUUUGGCGUCAUGCUGUGGGAGAUGAUGUUUGCCUACGUCCACGGCACCCACAUCCUGCCGUACGACACGAUGAGCGGGCCUUCGGCGCCCGACGCGCCCAAGCCUGCCGGUGAGGGCGCAACACUCGACUCACACCUUGUUCUCCUCAUCUCGACUAACGAGGUUGUCCUCGACAUGAGCGGUCUGCCCAAGGGCGCGGUCGAGCUCCUCCAGAAGCUCAUUCAUCCCUCGCCAAGCGUCCGCCCGCUGUUCUCCGAACUCGGCGACAUGCUCGCGGCGGUGGAGAAUGUGCGGCGGCUGUAAAGUGGCGUCAUUGUCGUG